UUGACUCCUCCACCCCCACCACCCACCACCCACCUCAUCCACGCUCUCCCUCACCUUCCCCUCCCCCUCUACCAUGGCAGUUCAGUUCUACCCGCUCCGGCUGGUUGUGGAGGCAUCGUUCUGGUAUGCGCUUGCGGCGGAGAAGAUCGACCGACUGCAGCUGGCGACGGAACCUGUUCCUGUGGCGGCACGGUUCUCUACGGGAGCUAAGGCACCUGUUGAUGGAAGACUGUUUCUCUCUGGGGACUCUCUUCAAGAUCCGCUUCCUCCUCGUCCUCAUCAUCAUCAUGUUCAUGGUGCUCUGACUCUGGUCAACACGGCUGCCGACUUUAAGGCCCUCGACAAGAAGUCCCUCUUUGAUGCUGCUGCGGCCCAGCUGUGGGCUGACAUUGCGUCCGGCGCAUGGCUUGAUGCCCCUGAGCUCCUCCUUCCCUUUCUUGUCCUCACCUAUGCUGAUCUCAAGAAGCACAUCUUUCGCUACCAGGCUGCCUUUCCGGCCAUCAAGCUCUCCCCGGCGGUCCAGAGCCCGGCUCCGGCGUCGCUGCUUGUGCUGGACGAUGGCGGCAAGGCACUGGCUGCCGCAGUCGACGCAAAGUUUGGCACAGACUCACGCCCGCUGGUCUGGCUCGUCCGUCUUUCACCUGGAUGUGAGCCUGCGGUGGAGGAAGUUUCCGAGUGGGCCGCGUUCUGGGCAGCCGAUCCCGAGACGGCGCCGCUGAUUGCGGUGGCAGAUCCGGUCUCGUCGCCGGACCAUCCGGGCUGGGCACUCCGCAACGUGGCGGCAGCGGUAGCGACAACCUUUGGUCUCUCGACCUUUACGCUCCUUGCCUAUCGCGAGAGUCUUGCCGCAGCCGACGCUGACGCGCCUCUGGCGUCAUCGCUGGUGGUUCCGGUCGAGGUUGCGCCCGAAGCGCUGGCAGCGGCUGCGGAGAACAGGCCCUCUGCCGUCGGGUGGGAGAAGAACAAGAGAGGCAAGAUCGGGAGCAAGGUUGUGGACCUCGGCGCAUCGAUGGAUCCCAACCAGCUGAUGGAGACCUCGGUGGACCUCAACCUCAAGCUCAUGCGCUGGCGGCUGCUCCCGGAGCUGGACCUCGACACGAUUGCCGGGACGCGUGUGCUCCUUCUUGGGGCAGGAACACUCGGGUGCAACGUGGCGCGCGCGCUCAUGGGCUGGGGCGUCCGCACGCUCACCUUUGUCGACUCGGGCAAGGUCUCGUACUCGAAUCCAGUCCGGCAGUCCCUUUUCACCUUUGCCGACGCCGCCGCCGGCGAGUACAAGGCGCCUGCGGCCGCGGCUGCCAUUCGGGCCAUUUUCCCGGGCAUGAACGCGUCCGGCCACGUGCUCUCGAUCCCGAUGCCCGGGCACGGGGCAUCUGGCGAUGCGCAGGCAAGUGUGGACAAGCUCGUUGAGCUGUACAACGAAGCCGAUGCGGUCUUUCUCCUCACCGACACCCGUGAGUCGCGGUGGCUUCCGACGCUUCUGGGCGCCGUCAUGGACAAGCUGGUCAUCAACACGGCCAUGGGCUUUGACACUUUUGUUUGCAUGCGGCACGGGCCGACGGAUGCGGCGUCACGGGCUGCGGGUUCGCGGCUCGGCUGCUACUUUUGCACAGACAUUGUAGCGCCGACCGACUCGCUGACACAGCGCUCGCUCGACCAAGCGUGUACCGUUGUGCGGCCGGGCAACUCGUACCUUUCGUCGUCGCUGGCGGUCGAGCUCCUCAUCGCGCUGCUUCAUCACCCGGCCCGCCACCACGCGCCGGCCGACGAGCCUGUCGCUGUCGGCGUGCCGACGGAACACCGGCUCGGCCUCAUUCCCCACCAGAUCCGCGGGUUCAUGACCCACUACGCCCACAAGCUUGUUGUCGCUCACGCGUACGACAAGUGCACCGCGUGCUCGUCGGCGGUUGUCGACGCCUACGUUGCUGAGGGCUGGGCCUUUGUCGAGCGAGUCCUCACCGAUCCUGAAGUUCUGGAGGAGGUCACUGGGCUCGCGGCCAUGAAGGCUGAGCUCGAAGCUGGUACUUCAUGGGACAUUGACGAUUUCUCGGACGACGGCAGCGCAGGCGCGUCCGGUGCACCCGGUGGUGGCGACAGGAGCGACGACAGCUUUGAACUCAUUUAACCUUAACGAAACGGUAGUUUGGGUACGUUGUCAUGCGCCUCGUAGUGAACAACUAAACCGAGCUCUGGACA